AUGUACCAGCCGAGUCCAUCGUUUCAAUUGGUCAGCGAUGGGGGGAAAAUCCUCUACACAAUUUUUGGGGUCGUUCACAUUUUGUUGUUGAUGGGUUUGUAUCAGAGUUAUUUGAUCACGGCACUUUUACAGCCUGGGGAUCCGUAUCCGUUUCGGAACCUCGAGCAAAUGAGUGCCAUGAUCAAGUCAAAAGAGUAUCAACUACUUGAGAGUGAUGGCGGGAAUUGGGUCUACGACGAGAUAAGAACCUCUCCAAUCUUUUCAUCUCUCCGACAAGCCUUGGAGAAAAACCCGGCAGUGAUGUUGACGAGCGACGGCGAACUGGUGCCCACCGCGCAAAAGGGCAAGUACGUGUUCUUCUCGCAAAUCGAUGCCUAUACUUCGUAUCAAUUGCAGGAUUACUGUGGCUUUUUGACCGUUAUGGAGGAUUUACCACAAGUGACCUCACAUUUUCUCUUCCAGAAGAACUCAUCUUUCGUUGAAGCAGUGAAUAAAAAAAUCAUUCUACAACAAUCGUUCAUCAUGAGAACGUACACGAAAUACUUUGAUUCCGGUUUCAACACCGGCACCAAGCAUAUUAUUUGCCCAGCUUCGACGAUUGAUGAUAUUACGCCAUUGGCUCUUCGCAACUGUGCUGGCAUUUUCUGGCUUCUCUUCAUCGAUCCCUGUGGGUGCUACAACAAAGAGAGGGGCCAAUUUCUGCAAUCAAUCAAUCAAUCAAUCAAUCGCCCAUUUCUUCGCCCAUUCGAUGAGAUGUUGCCACAAUUGAUCGGUUCAUCGACUUUAUAUUUCUUGAUUGCCUGCAUCGCUGCCCAUAAAGAAGAAGUUGAGAGACAUCUCGAAAGGGGAAAGGAAUUUCUAGCAAAGGCUCAAUUCGCCGACGCUCUCAAUAGCUACCAUGCGGCGAUCGAAUUGGAUCCAACAAACUACCAGACUUUCUACCGACGAGCCACUGUCUACUUGGCGAUGGGAAAGAGUAAGUCAGCCCUUCCGGAUUUGGACAAAGUCGUUCAAUUGAAGCCAGACUUCACGGCGGCUCGGAUCCAACGGGGGAAUGUUCUGCUAAAACAGGGAGAACUUGAUGCAGCGCAACAAGAUUUUGAUUCAGUGUUAUCGGUCGAGCCGAACAACAACGAGGUGGCCGCUAAAGUCGAGCACAUAAACGAGCUACGACAAAUGGUUUCAAAUGGCGAACAUUUCUUGGAGAAUGGCGAGUUUCAAGAAGCCGAGCAUUAUCUGUCAAAGGCCAUUGAAACGAUGAUGUGGGAUGGAAGCCUCUACAAGAUGCGUGGCGAAUGCUAUAAACACCUGGGUGAAACGCAGAAAGCGAUUGCAGAUCUUCGAAACGUUGCCAAGCUCUUCUCCGACUCGACUGAUGUGUAUCUGGAUGUUUCAAAGUUGUACUACUCAAUUGGCGAUGUUGAGGAGAGUUUAAAUCAAAUCCGCGAGUGCCUGAAGUUGGACGCCGACCACAAGAAAUGCAAGGACUUCUACAAGGGUGUGAAGAAACUGGCGAAAAUGCGCGAGGACCUUAAUAAACUGGUGUCAAAACAGGAUUGGAUGGGAUGUCUGGAGAAAGGGCAAAGCAUUUUGAAAGCUGAAACAAAAGUGCCGAGCAUUCAAUUCGAUGUCUUUCGGCAAACGUGCAAGUGCAAUCUGAAUGCUGGCCACGUGCGAGAGGCGAUUCAGGAGUGCUCCGAAGUGCUGAAGAAUCAAGAUGAGAACGAUGUGGAAGUGCUGUGUGAUCGAGGAGAAGCUCACAUCUUGAACGAGGAUUGGGACGCAGCAAUCGCCGACUUCCAAAAAGCGUUGAAAGCCAAUGAGGAGCACAAGAAAGCCCGCGAAGGAUUGCAAAAAGCGGAACGAUUGAAGAAACAAGCCGGAAAGAGGGAUUAUUACAAGAUUCUUGGAGUCAGGAGAAAUGCGAACAAACGAGAAAUCAUGAAGGCUUAUCGAAAGUUGGCUCAACAAUGGCAUCCAGACAAUUUCCAGGAUGACGAAGAGAAGAAAAAGGCACAAGACAAGUUCAUCAACAUUGCUGCGGCGAAAGAGGUGCUAACGGAUGAAGAAAAACGACGCCAAUUCGAUCAAGGAAUCGAUCCACUCGACCCUCAAGCUCAACAAGGUGGCGGUGGACAUUGGGGACAUCAUCAGGGAUUCCAGCAUCAAGGUUUCCCACACGGUUUCAAUCCAUUCGGCGACGGUGGUGGCUCGUUCAAAUUCCACUUCGGU